CCACGAACCACAAUGCCCAAUUCGCCCCGACCAGCCAGCACAGAAGCACUCCCCCCGGAGCUCCUAAUCGCCAUAUUCCAAGCCUACGUGAAGGACGAGACGUUGGGAGUUUUGAAACUCAGGAGCGUCUCGCGGAGGUGGAGGGACAUUGCCAACUCGCUGCCGAACCUGUGGCAGCACAUCUACCUCGACAGUUCAUCCGCUUCCAUCCCGAACCUCCACCAAGUCGCGACGCUGUUCCUCCAGAAGUCGGAACCUCUCCCAGUCGACGUCGAAGUAUGGGCAUACGACUCGGACUGCGUACUCCCCAUCCUUUCCCCUAUUCUGCACUCCGUCUCGCGUUGGCGCACAUUCGUCACUUCCGGAUACCGCACCGAGUCCAUCGACAUGUCAGCCCUCGGCACGUACCACAAGGCCGCCUACCCCUUCCCCAUGGACAGACUCACGCUCCAUCUACACGACGGUGACUUUGACGGGAACCUGGACGACAGCGAUGGAGGUGAAGAGCCCAUAUUAAAUCCGACCUUCACACCGGAAGGGGAGAUGCAGUUGUGGGUCAACAGCCUUCCACCAAAGGAGCACCUUGCACCACUCCACUUUACCCGCCUCAAGAUCUCUGCCCAGGGCCUGGAAGCAGGGCAUGUAACACCCGCGUCCAUCGCAGGCGUGCUCUCAGCGUGUCCUUCGCUCGUCGUCUUCUCAUUCGAGGGCUGGGUGGAGGGCGAGGAAUUCGGUUCGUACGACCGGCCUACCGCAACUGUUACUCUCCCAAACCUCGAAAGACUCAAAAUUCGCGGGACGACCCUCACACGACCCAUCCUCUCCAGUAUAAUCGCGCCGCGACUCCAAUACCUCACCCUCGCAUACCUCAAUGUCGACCGCCAAAUCGGAACUGCGGAUCUCUGUGGAGACGACGGGGAGAGUGAGGACGAGGCCAACGAUUUCUCGCAGUCGCCUUGGAGCGACAGGGCCACGGGUUUGGGCCUACGACAGCUUAUCUCGCGUUCACGCCCUCCGCUCCGGACACUCGAGAUGGACUAUAGCGAUCUCCGUACGAAAGACUUUCGAUGGAUAUUCGACCGCCUCGACACACUCGAAGAGUUCCGCAUCGUCGCAUCCGACAUGUCGGACAAGGUCAUCAGGCUGUUCAAGUUGGAGACCCAAGCUCCCCCUCGAGCCUCGUCCUCUUCUGGAACAGACGCUUUAGUGAAGAUGAGACUGCCUCGGUUGAAGAGACUCGAGCUGAUACAGUGCCAGCGUCUGACGGGGAACGCCGUCGUCCAGGCUCUGGUCCCCCGAGUCAUCUACACCGAUUCAACGGCUGACACUCGUCGCUUUAGCAAACUCAAGUUUGUGUCCACGGUGGGUUGUGCUGGGAUGGAGGAUCGACAUGAGCAUGUUUUGACAUCUACCUUGGGAUCGCGGUUUGUGUCGUGA